CCUAUCAGUGGUUAUUUUGGCAACGCGGAUACGCAUGGAGUCUCCAUCACCUGCACUCUCCUUUUACGCACCAAGUCCGGUUAUGCGCGCAGGUACACGGACCCUAAUUGCCUCAUUUCCUGCCGCAGCCGCACCAUUAAUCACCUACUAAGGACUAAUAUGAAAGAAGUGGAUUUAGAGGUCUGACAGAGAAGAGAAGGGAGGCACGUUUCCUGUGGAUCACUCUUGUUUUCCAGCACCGAGCGUCAGCAUGGAUGUCUUGGCAAACCACGGUAUCUUUCAGGAACUUCAGCUCGUCCACGACACCGGCUACUUCUCCGCCAUGCCGUCGCUGGAGGAAAACUGGCAGCAGACCUGCCUGGAAUUGGAACGUUACCUGCAGACGGAGCCCAAGCGUCUUUCAGAACUCUUUGAUCAAGAUCUUGAUGGUCUCCUUACUCCAGCCUACCUUAAAGAGGAUGGCGAGGAAGAGCUAACUGAUACCCUUAUCCCCAGCCUACCCAACCUCCCCGAACCCCCAAGCCCACCUCCAGUGGUCCUCUGCCCCAUGCGGCAGAACUCAGCUCUCUCAAGGGACCUAAAGCCUAAAGGACAGAAGCUAGAAAUGGUAGAGGGAAUAGAAGGGGUCCACCAGGCUCAGCUGAGCGCUGUCACCUCCCUGACUCCCCCAUCUUCGCCAGAGCUGGGCCGACACCUCGUCAAACCCAACCAGACACUGACAGCUUCUCCUGACGGGACGCUCAUGUUGAAGCUGGUGGCCAGAAAAGUGGGACUCAGUGCGGCUCGGUUGGUGGCAGGGAACACACUUCCCGUCCAAGUGAAGGACGAAGAUGAGGGGGCAGCAUGUGUGAUUGGGGUUGGAGAUCUACCAGAAAACAAGAAGAGGAUCCAUCGUUGUCAGUUCAAUGGCUGCAGAAAGGUGUACACCAAGAGUUCCCAUCUAAAGGCCCACCAGAGGACGCAUACAGGUGAGAAGCCAUACAAAUGCUCAUGGGAGGGCUGCGAGUGGCGAUUUGCCAGGAGCGACGAGCUGACGAGGCACUACCGCAAACACACUGGUGCCAAGCCUUUUAAGUGCAACCACUGUGACAGGUGUUUCUCGCGGUCGGAUCACUUGGCGCUGCACAUGAAGAGGCACAUCUGAGGAAUCCGAGAGGGGUCAGCGGGAGAGGAAGAGAGGGGAAGUAGACGGUGGUGGAGUGGAAAAAGGAGAUGAAGCUUCGACUUGAGAAAACUUGGAGAGAGACAGUUUGAUGGAAUUGGGGAAACACAGCCAGUUUGGGUUGGGGACAGGGAAUGCACACAGACAGAAACAAACAGGUUCAUACCUCCACAGUGACAGUCGUGGAUGACGUAUGCUCCGUCACGCCCAGUUCGUAUGGGCAGGGGUGUAAUACCUGCUCAUCAUUGGCAGCUCUUUUCUUUUAUCAUAUCUCUUCGAUGUUGUUCCCAACGCCAAACUGGACCAGUUGUACAGUCAGUUUGUGUACAAAAAACAAAUGUUUCCUCUUCUUGAGACGAUCGCCAACAGUAGACCACUUUUUAUUUUUUGCUCCUCCAACCCUGCCUUUCCAAAUCACCCAAGGGUUUAUUAUCCAACACGCUGGACGAACGAUAAUUUGACAGCUUGUCAUUCGACCUGUGUCACAUCUGCCAAUUGGAUCCACUUAUAAAUCCUUCUGUUUUGAUGGCAUUGGUGCAUUAGCUUGAAUCGAGUGUUAGAUUGGAUUUCUCAAAGACUUGUAGAUGCGUUGCACUGAUGUUCUAUGAAGAUUGAGGUCAUCCAGAGGGCUGGCUUACUUUGUGAUCAUCACUGACUGAGACAAACUAAUCUACUCUGGGAGCUGAGAGUCCGCAGAGACGCAAGGCAGCUUUUAAAGAGUGUUUUUAUUCCUCUCUGGGAUCUUAGCUGCUCUGGGUUGUCGGGAAAAGGUUGCACAAUUGACUCUUUCCAACUUUGGUUUAUUUGUUUUGUAAAAAAAAAGUAUGUUUGACUGUCUCAAGGUGCUUUGGGACUCGUGAAAUGGACAACCACACGCACAAGCUGAAGCAGCGAGCUGACGGUAAUAGCACAUUGAACAAGAACUCUAUGUAUUUAAAGGUUAUAUUGUUUCUAAGAAGAUUCUCCUAUUUGUUAGAAGGAAAAAAAUAAGACGACUUUGAAGAACUCCCCAGAAAUGGAUGCAGCCAAAAAAAAUAGUCAUAAUGUCUGCUUGUCUGAAAUGAUCUCUUUGGUCUUUUAAAGAGUGAUUGGCACCAAACUAGCAGCCGGACUGAGGAAUUUCCUCCCGCAGCACACAUUCCUGCAGAAUUCUUCCGAUUAAGAAGCUCUCCAGUGCGAGUUCAGAAAAAGGAAAGCAUUCUAAAGCUCAACGAAUCUGGCUCUAUGCACAACCACAAACCCUUCUGGAGACUCCCUGACCAGCAUGUAUGUCGGACUUCUGGAAGGUCUCACAUGAAGACACGUUCAAUCAGUUGUCAGAGUAAUCAAUGUGAAUGUAUCUGUUGAAAGCCUGAACAUUUCUGCUACACCCGUUAAACCGCUUGAAAAUGGUUGGCAAGAUCAUCCUAGUCCCCGUUUGUGUUCCUCGUUCUCACAUCAAAAGAAAACAAAGACCCGACUUGGAACAAUUGGCUGGUCACAGCUGGUAGCUUUUGACAUUUUACUGACACUCUUGCAACCAGCUUGGGUGCAGCUUUCCAGUGGGUGGCUAAAAUGGGUUAGGGGAGGAUGGUUCUGCUCAGUCAGCAACGAUAACUGCCCCAUCAGCUUAUGUAACUGCAGCAGAGUGAAACCCACACACACACACUCACACACACACACACAAAGGGAGGCAUAUAUUCACUCCACUAAAACUGGAAUUAACUUUUAUCUUGUGUGACCCGAUUUCUGUCAGUUGGAAGAAAGAAAAAAGAGUUCUUAGACAUCUUAAAUUUAGGUGAAAGAAGCAGCUUGGACACGGGUCAGCUGCGAUCAUUUGGAGAAACUAAGAUUGACAUUUCGGCAUUUUUGAAGUACUUUGAGCUAAAGUCUUCUAAGGGGAUCACUGAAAUAAAGCCAGGUUUUCACUGGGUUGCAACAGCCGGAGAACAACAUUCACAAGGGAGAUUCAAAACAAUCACGAGAAACCAUUUUGAAUGGACUCCAAGUGAAAAUUUCCAUAUUUUCACUCAAUUUUAUGUUUCCUUUCUAGUCACCAGUCAGAACAGUAAUGAAUAUAACAGUGUACAAGCUGAAGUUACCAGACCGUGGCCAGGGAAACUAGGUUCCAUAAAAUCCCAAAUCAAAUACCAUAAAAUAAAUCAGAACGAGUAAAUAUUUUUAAAGGAUGUUGGGACAGGAUCCAGUAUGCAAUAUGAACAUAAGCAGCAAACUAAAAGUUGUUUAAAGACCUACUUAAGUGUGGCUAAUAGGCCUGUUUACGUUAUUUUGCCUUUUCAUUCAUUCCAAAUAAAGCAAGACUCCUUUAAAGCUUGGUUCCAUUGAGGGGGUUGGGGGCAGGUCAUCGUUGGCCGGUGUGGAUUGGCAUGGGUCUGCAAUUCUAGGAGAGCGUUUAACCCUCUCAGGCUCAAAAUUAGUUUUGAUAAAAGGACGAACAACUACGUCCUAGUUGAAAAAUGCUCAUGAAAUACGAAUGUGGAGUAACCAGGUAGGUAGGUUUUAACUGUUGCAAAUCUGCAACGCCUGCCUCCGGAUGGUUAAAUCACAGUUUGGACUCUCAAUUGGCAGGCAAAGUAACAUUUAAAUGUGUAUCGUCGUGUCCAACCGGUGCUUUUAAUCUUAAUCUUUUAAAUACUUCGGUUUCUUUAAAAACAUUAAAAUUCCUUAUUGAUCCAUCUGAAUGUUAUCGCCAACAUUGGUGAGGAUUGUUUGGAGCUAUGAAGCUGACCAAACCUUGCUGGCAUUUUCUUACAUCCGUGUACAACUAAUGAUAAUACAAACAAGUGAACUCCGGGGUUUGUUUUGCCUGUCGCAAGUAGUGACGUACUUCUGUCCAGCAGCAUCGCCCUAGCCGUACCGCCCCCAUUGUCCUAUGAAGGAGCCCUUGAAUGUCCCAUAAAUGGCGCGGUCCAGGUCAGUUGUUUGGACCGGUUUUACAAUCAGGACAAAACAGCGAUCCGCCCCAUCCCGCAGUGGAACUAGUGCAAGCAAUUGACCUCAAGGAAAAAUACCAAUAAAUAAUGAAGACUUUUAGGAAAAGUCAUUCUGACUCCUUGAAUUUGUUUAUGUUUAUGCAUUUAGCAGACACUUUUGUCCAAAGCGACUUACAAGUGAUAAUCGGCAUGUUGCCCUUGAGGCUAACAACAACAAUAACAACAACAAAGAAUUUCCAGUCAGUCGUAGGUGGCAGUGAGGUAGCAUGAUGAAUCAUGGAGAGGAGGGAACAAGGAGUGGACAGUAGAGAGGGGGACGGGUGCAGGGAGGGUGCUAGUUUAGAAGAUGCUCUCUGAAGAGCAGGGUCUUCAGGAGUUUCUUGAAAAUUGAAAAGGAAGCCCCUGUUCUGGUAGUGCUUGGUAGGUCCUUCCACAUUUGUGGAACGAUGCAUGAGAAGAGUCUGGAUUGUCCUGAGCGUGGUGUUUGCACUGCUAGCCGACGAUCCUGUGAUGACCGGAGCAGCCGAGACGUAAGCCUUUGCAAGAGGAUUCAGGUAGAUGGGAGCCGUACCAUCUCGGACUUUGUAUGCUAGUGUUAGCAAUUUGAAUUUGAUGCGUGCUGCUAGCGGUAGUCUCAAAAAUCUGUCGGAAAAGAAGAUGACCAGUUAUAGGAAAAACCCUACCCUUGACCCAACUUUUCCGAAAUCUAAAAUGUUUAAGAUUUGGAAAAAUACUUUUCACUCAACGUUGAUUUUCCUGAAUUAGGCUCACAAAUCUCCAUGAGAUGCAAUUGGCUAGUUUUAGGGAAAAGCAUCUGUAAGUACGUUUCCCUCAACCAAUAGCUUAAGAAUUAGGAAAACCUUCGUUACAUUUAGGGUUGAUGCAAGCCAAUUACAUUGAAAUGCAAACAGUUUUUUAUUCUUAUUUCUUGUUUUCAAAACCAUAAAAUUGGCAACAUCUUUCUCAGGAAACUUGGCUUAUUGAACAUGUAAGCAAACAAAGAUCAAUUUAGAAAGACGGAUACAUCAAAGUACUGUUCUAUUUCAGUGAGUCUAACAGUUCUCAUGAGAAAUUCAGACUGAAGUUGCUCGUGUUAUAUUGGCUACGCUGAAAUAUGGUUGAUAUAAAGGUUUACUGUUCUGACUCUACAGAGAAGAUUAAUAAUUAAAAAAAAAACACUGCAAUUUCACCAUUUGGGGUUUAAACCUACCCAUCACUGAUGGCAGCUCUUUGUGUGUGUGUGUUUCAGUAUUUCCACUGAACACUCCUUUUGUUGAAUGAAUCUGCUGCACAUAUGUGUGUGUAUAUGUGAGUUGGGAACUUUUUUUUAAACUCAUGUUCCCUAUCAAUCAAGAACAGGUGGGGAUUUUGGAACAAACCCCUAAAUGUGUUGUUGUUCAUGUUCGUUUACUCAACUUGAAAGAGCUUAGCCGUGGAAAUUUCCUCCCAAUUACAAGGCGAUUUGAAAUUCAUUCUGGCUCCUCUUGUGAGCUGACAUAAACGAGUUGCUCUCUUUCUGCCAGGAGCUGGAAAACUGGAAAUUUCAAAUGUGAAUGUGUCUUCUUGGAAAGGUUUCUGAGGGCGUGGUUUAAGUUCUGUGUCAACCUAAUGAACGAUUGUCCAUUCUGCUGUGCCUGUGUGUGUUUUCUUCGUCUGUUUGUAUUUGCACUCUAAAUUUUUGGGGAGAAAAAAGAAAAUCACUUGCAUUUCUGAUGUUUCCUGUUUGCUUGUACAUUACACUCCAUGAUCCUCAGUGAUAGUGCACUGAUCACAAAGUCUGUAAAGUAGCCUUUUUUAUAGCACAUGCACACAUUCAGACACUCAAAGGAUGUUUCAACCAUGUUGAAGUGUCUUUCUGUAUAAAACCUUUAAUAUUUACCACCUUCUAGAUAGCUUCCUAGAUCGCCUUCUUAAAAAACUUCACAGCGAUUCAUGCAAUGUUUUAUAAUACUUUACACAAGGGUCAGUUUUUUGUUGCACCAGUAUUUAUAUGGAACUGUGUCGCAUAAAUAUCACCAUCAUCUGCAAAUCGGAGCAUUUCUGAAGAUUCUUGGGUUUAAAUCUGCAAUGAUUUUUUUUAAAUAAAUCAGCCAGAAUAAUUAUGUAAAUUAAAUAAUUUUCAAAGAUAUUUAUUUUAUUAUUUAUUUAUUUCUAUUUUUAUUAUUGUUUAUGAGUAUUUAUACAUUUCCUUUGAAAUAGCUAAAAGAAUUAAUGCAUAAAGUCAAACCAAUUAUGAUCUUUAGGUAGAACAGACAUUUGACAGGAAGCAGCGUCUCAGAAAGCUAACCACAAACCACAGAAUGAGGUUAAAAAUGAAUGAGCAUUUGAAGCCUGUUGUUACCAUCUGUUAAAGGUGUGGAAUGUCAAAAACUAUUUUUAAUACACAGAUCUACAUCACAUUGUCACUUAACAUUCAUGGACUCACCCAUCUUGACUCACGACGGGGAAGGCUGCUUUUUUUUACCGUCCAGGAAUCAGUGGAGAACGUCCCAACUAGUAGAAGCUAAUAGUUGGCAUUAGCAAUACCACCACAUGACAAAAACUCCUCUAGGCAUUCGUGGUUUGUGGAGAUAAAACAUUCAUGUCGCAAGUCAAUGGUCGAGUUGUGUUGCUGUUAUGCAAUCCGAGGCAAGAUAUCCAAAUAUCUGGGAAUAAGACUCCGAAUUCUGUGGUCUGCUGCCACUUUCUGCUGCAGCAGUCUUGUCUGUUCUGAUCCUUAUGCUUCUGGGGUUUUUUUUUUGUCCUGAGUACGGCAUGCGAGGCAUCAAUUCCUACCAGAGACCUCCGCAAAUGUGUUGAUUAUACACGUUUUGCACACAUUUAAUCUUAGUUAUAAACCAUAGACUGGUUUAAAUUCCUGGGGCUUAUAGUAGGACAUCAUGAACUAAGUCAUUGUUUUUAAACCAUAUUCAAAAAUACUUUUUAAAUACUCUCCAGAUUAACCCAGCUGCCAUCUUAAAUUAUAAUUACAGAAUAUUGGAAUACAUAAUGUGAAAUUCCUUCUGGAUUAUCUGGAUUUACCAUGGGACUUCACAUAUACAGUGUAAAUGUGUUUUAAAAAGGCCCCAAAACACUUCAAUUUUGAGCAUUUUUCCAAACAGAGGAAGUUCAGGAAGCUAUCUGCAUUGGGUCGGAUGGUAAUUAUUUACAACUUUUAUGCGUUAACACAGUUCAAAAUGGCCACAAAAACAUGUCCAAAUAAACACUAAAACCAUUAAAGUACAUGCAGGCAGAUUCAUGCAAUUCACACACUCACAAACUGCUCUCUUCUUGUGUGUGUUCACCAUCCCCCCCCCCCCACCCCCCCGCCACCAUGUGAGCAUUAAAGACUGCAGCUUUUGCUUUUUGAGAGGGUGGGUGGGGGGCUAUAUGCAUUACUAUGUGUCACACCACCUCUGUUUCCACCAGAUCUGAAUUUUAAAUCAAGCGCACCUCCCCUUUUCUACCAGCUUUCUCUCAUUGCUUCUUCCCUACCCCCUUCUUCCUUUUAUUUUCUCAUAUAUAAUCCCUUUCAACUUUUCUCCUCUGUCUGUCUGGCUCCCCCUCUUCUCCCCCUCCACCCCCCACCACCAUCUCUCCUCUGUCUUCUUUUUCCCGCUGUUCUGAUUUUCUCUCACUGUACAAAGUGUUUGAGAUAUAUCAUUUGUAUAUUAUGAUGUAUGGGUACGAUAAUGUUCUUUAUUAUGGAAUAAUGAGAGAUUUAUUUUUGUUACUGGUUUGUUUCAUAAUUCCUUUUUUAAAUUGGUAUUGUAAUAUCUCUAUGCAAGGAACUGUUCAGUGAAUCGUUUUUAUUUAAGAAUGUAAUUAUGUGUAAUAAAUGGUAGAAGCAGUUUU